AUGGCGGCUCCGACGCCUACCUCGGAGGUGGGCAAGUUCAGCCAACCUAACGAACAUUACCCUCAUGACCUUGAGUCCGAUCAAAACAACUCCGACGAGGAAACCUUAGACCCGGUCGAAAGUGAGGGAUGGCGGCUGAACUCCAUGGUGAAGAAAUUACACCAGAAUCAGCUGGCACAAGGCUUCCCGGAACGGAAGCUGGGCGUGACCUGGAAAGACUUGACUGUCAAGGGAAUCAGUGCAGAUGCCUCCGUGAAUGAGAAUGUCAUCUCCCAGUUCAAUGCGGUCAGAAUUUUACAAGAGAAACGCAACAAACCAGGCCUCAGCACCAUCCUGGAUGCGUCGCAUGGUUGCGUUAAGCCGGGCGAGAUGCUGCUGGUAUUGGGCCGGCCAGGCUCUGGAUGUACCACGCUUCUGAAGAUGCUUUCUAAUCGGCGCAGAGGGUACGCCUCAGUCGAAGGUCAGGUCUUCUACGGCAGCAUGACCAGUGAAGAAGCGAGCGUGUACAACGGCCAGAUUGUGAUGAACACGGAAGACGAGCUUUUCUUUCCUACUCUCACUGUCGGCCAAACUAUGGACUUCGCCACAAGCCUCAAAGUUCCCCUGAACGUCCCUCCGAGCGCUGAGUCUGGCCAAAACCAGACCCCUGAGGACUACCGCAAAGAACGCAAAGCAUUCCUAAUGGAGUCAAUGGGCAUCAGCCAUACCAACGAUACCAAGGUGGGCAACGAGUACGUGCGUGGCGUGUCUGGAGGGGAGCGGAAACGUGUCUCAAUUAUUGAGUGUCUCGCGACCGGCGGAUCUGUCUUCUGCUGGGAUAACAGCACCCGUGGCCUCGACGCCAGCUCUGCGCUGGAUUGGGCCAAGGCUCUGCGUUCAAUGACCGACGAGUAUGGACUGGCGACGAUCGUGACACUAUACCAAGCUGGCAACGGAAUCUACAAUCUCUUUGAUAAAGUGCUUGUGCUUGAUGAAGGCAAGCAGAUCUACUACGGCCCAAUGGCUGAUGCCCAGCCCUUCAUGGAAAGCCUCGGCUUCAUCUGUGGCGAAGGCGCCAACGUCGCUGAUUACUUGACCGGUGUGACUGUCCCAACUGAGCGUCAAAUUAAUCCAUCUUUCACCACCUUCCCCGAGAAUGCGGCCGCAAUCCUGGAGAAGUAUCAAAAAUGCCCAAUCAAGGACCGAAUGCUGAAAGCAUACGACUACCCCAACUCCACCGAGGCUCGCGAGAAUACCGAAGCGUUCAAAGCCAGUGUAGAGCAUGAGAAACACAAAGGGCUCGGAUCGGCAGGGCCAACAACAGUUGGCUUUCCUAGCCAGGUCGCAGCAUGCGCUAAACGGCAAUAUCAGAUCAUCUUUGGUGAUAUUGCAACAUUGUUCAUCAAACAGGUCUCCACCCUCAUCCAAGCUCUGAUUGCUGGCUCGUUGUUCUACAAUGCAUCGGCGGAUUCUUCCGGACUAUUCAUCAAGGGUGGUACCCUGUUCUUCUCUUUGCUAUACAACGCCCUAAUGAGUAUGUCCGAGGUCGUCGAUUCGUUCACCGGCCGUCCAGUUUUGAUUAAGCACAAGUCUUUUGCUUUCUUUCAUCCGGCUGCAUUCUGCAUAGCUCAAAUUGCAGCCGAUAUUCCUUUGAUCCUGAUACAAAUCACGGUCUUUGGUAUCGUCGUUUACUUUAUGGUCGGUUUGACAGCGACAGCUGCUGCAUUUUUCACAUACUGGAUCAUGCUGUUUGCUACAACCAUGGAGUACAUUAAGCUAACCGGAAAAUUCCUCAAGUGUGUCACAGCCAUGUUCAGGGCCAUUGGUGCUGGCUUCAGCACCUUCGACGGGGCAUCCAAGGUUUCUGGUUUUAUGAUCUCCGCCCUUGUCAUGUAUACAGGGUAUAUGAUCUCGAAGCCUUCAAUGCAUCCUUGGUUUGUCUGGAUUUAUUGGAUUGACCCUUUGGCCUACUCCUUCGAAGCCUUGCUUGCCACCGAAUUUCACAACAAGCAGAUUGACUGUGUCAAUGAAAACAUUGUGCCUAACGGUGGGAACUACACUAACGAAGCAGGAUACGCUUCAUGCGCCGGCGUUGGCGGGGCAAUCCAGGGUCAAACUUCAUUGACAGGCGACCAAUAUCUCGCUUCCCUGAGCUAUAAUCAUUCGCACGUCUGGAGAAACUUUGGCAUUGUCUGGUGCUGGUGGGUCCUGUUUGUUUGUAUCACUAUUGUGUGUACCUCUCUCUGGCGUGACAAGGCUGAGAGUGGCACAAAUUCUCUCGUUCCACGUGAACUUCAGAAACGUCACCGGGCUGCUACAGAUGAAGAGUCUCAGUUCAAUGUGAACGAGAAAAGGCCCAAGGGCGCACCUUCUCCCAGCAACGGCGGUGCAAUGAAUCAAGGGCUCAUGCGAAACACCUCGGUUUUCACAUGGAAUAAUCUCAAAUACACGGUCAAGACACCAUCAGGUGACCGAGUGCUUUUAGAUGAUGUCUACGGAUGGGUUAAGCCCGGCAUGCUGGGUGCUCUCAUGGGUUCCUCUGGAGCGGGUAAAACCACCUUACUCGACGUUCUUGCCCAGCGCAAAACCGAUGGAACCAUUCAUGGCUCUAUUAUGGUUGACGGUCGCCCUCUCUCGGUCUCAUUCCAGAGAUCCGCUGGUUACUGCGAGCAACUUGAUGUCCAUGAACCCCUCACCACUGUUCGCGAAGCCCUUGAAUUUUCAGCCUUAUUACGCCAAGCAGGUAGCAACACUGCAGAAAAGCUCGCUUAUGUUGACACGAUUAUCGAUUUAUUGGAGCUUCAUGAUAUCGCUGAUACCCUUAUUGGGACCCCUGGAGCUGGAUUGAGCAUUGAACAAAGGAAACGUGUCACUAUUGGUGUUGAGCUUGUUUCGAAGCCCAAAAUUCUGAUUUUCCUUGAUGAGCCCACUUCAGGUCUGGAUGGUCAAUCCGCGUAUAAUACAGUCCGGUUUUUGCGACGACUUGCUGAUGCUGGGCAGGCCAUUCUGGUCACCAUCCAUCAGCCCUCUGCCCAGCUCUUCUCCCAAUUCGAUACCAUACUUUUGCUCGCCAAGGGUGGCAAAAUGGUCUAUUUCGGUGAUAUCGGUGAUAAUGGUAAGGUUGUGAAGGACUACUUUGAACGAAAUGGCGUGCCAUGUCCUCCUGGAAGCAAUCCCGCGGAAUAUAUGAUCGACGUUGUCUCUGGGCAUAUCUCUGAUCGUGAUUGGAACCAAGUCUGGCUAGCAUCUCCAGAGCAUACUCACCAGCGCCUUCAGCUCGAACAAAUCAUCAAAGAGGCCAGUCAACAACCUGCGGUUGAUGAAGACUUGAACGAAUUCGCAUUAUCUUUGUGGGACCAGACUAAGAUUGUCGCUCAGCGGAUGAACGUUUCCCUCUAUCGCAACACCGAUUACAUCAACAACAAAGUUCUUCUACAUGUUUCAUCCGCCUUGUUCAAUGGCUUUUCCUUCUGGAUGAUUGGCGACUCGGUCAAUGACUUACAGCUAAAACUUUUCACCGUCUUCAAUUUUGUUUUCGUUGCACCUGGUGUGCUAAAUCAACUCCAACCCUUGUUCAUUGAACGAAGGAACAUCUACGAUGCACGUGAAAAGAAAUCUCGCAUGUAUUCCUGGAAGGCUUUUGUUACCGCGCUCAUUUUGUCCGAGUUCCCAUACCUCUGCAUCUGCGGUGUUUCAUACUAUGUCUGUUGGUACUACACCGUGGGAUUCAGCAGCAACUCGAACAAAGCCGGCGCCACCUUCUUCGUCAUGUUGGUGUAUGAGUUCUUGUACACGGGAAUCGGCCAAUUCAUCGCUGCAUAUGCCCCAAAUGCCGUCUUUGCUUCACUCGCCAAUCCGCUGCUGAUUGGCAUCAUGGUCAUGUUCUGUGGUGUCCUCGUUCCCUAUGCCGCAAUAAAUGUCUUCUGGCGGUAUUGGCUGUACUACCUCAAUCCCUUCAAUUACCUGAUGGGAAGUAUGUUGGUUUUCACCAUUUGGGAUACCGAAGUCAAGUGCAAGACCGAAGAACUGGCCAUAUUUGACCCCGUUGGCAACUCCACCUGCCAGGAAUAUCUUUCCUCCUAUCUCAGUACUUCUGGAGCCUCGGCCAACUUAUUGAACCCUGACGCCACAUCCAACUGUCAAGUUUGCCAGUACUCCGAGGGAUCCAAUUAUCUCGCUACCCUCAAUUUGACGCAGUACCUUGACGGAUGGCGCGAUACGGCCAUCGUGGUCAUCUUUGUGCUGAGUUCAUAUGCUCUGGUCUACUUGAUGAUGAAGCUCAGAACUAAAGCUUCUAAGAAGGCCGAAUGA